AUGCCAUUUCCAACACCCAUCACCAUCCCAUCUUCCUACGAGGCCCUGGACCUCACACACGUCAAGAUAUCCCAUCAUCCGCCCGGGAAGCCAACAGCUACACCGGUCGUGAUAGUGACGUUGAACCGUCCAGAGAAGAAUAAUGCUUUCACGCCGCAGAUGGCGGAUAGCCUAGAAUGGGCGUUUAGGACCUUUCACCUCGACUCGCGGGUUAAAGUGGUCGUUUUGACUGGUGCUGGACGCAUGUUCUGUGCUGGGUCGGAUUUGGAGAUUGGAUUUGGGAAUGGAGAAGGGAGAGCUGUAGAUUUCAGGGAUAUUGGUGGGAGAGUCACCUUGGCUAUGCAUCGGUGCCACAAGCCUACGGUUGUUGCCCUUAACGGUUCUGCUGUGGGUGUUGGUAUGACCAUGACUCUACCAGCUGCAAUUCGUAUUUGUCACGAGAAAAGUAAAUACGGAUUCGUCUUCACUAGAAGGGGUCUAACCAUCGAAUCUUGCGCUUCUUUCUUCCUACCUCGUCUAAUCGGACUAUCAAAAGCGAUGUCCCUGAUCACAACAGGUGGCAUCUUCCCCGGGACUUCCACCUACUUUGGCGAUCUAUUCACAGAGGUCUUGCCAGAUGCAGCUCAAGUUCUCCCCCGAGCCUUGGAACUUGCGCACGAAAUGGCCGAGAAUGCUAGCCCACUAGCUUCUGCCAUGAGUCGCACGCUGAUGUGGGAAGGCCCUCAAUCACCUGAGGCGGCGCAUCUUCUCGAGUCGAGGGUUUUCCAUCAUAUGACGGGUCAAAGUGAUUAUAAAGAGGGUGUGAACUCCUUUUUGGAGAAGCGGAAGGCAAACUUUCAAUCUGAUCCUCAUGAGAAGAGUCCUCAGGAUUAUCCGUGGUGGUCUGAGAUAGACAUCAAGAUUGAACCACAGGCGUCCAAGGCGUCAAAGUCAAAGCUAUGA